CAAUCUGCUUGGGUGUAAUUGCUUUCAUGGGAGAUGCGGAGCGGAGCCUCAUCACAUCCUUGACAAUUGCACCCUCGUCACUUUUUACUCCAUGGGUGCCUGUUUGAUCGUCUUGUGCAGCUAAUUUCUGGGAUGUUGCACUAGCAGACUGACGGAUGGAUGUUGCGACGGCGUUGGAGCGAAACAUGUUUCAUUCGAUUGACUCCAGAUUCCUCUCCAUUCAAAAAGAGAUGAGGCCGAUCCGAUCCCACUAUGCUAAUCGUUCCACCCAAUUCCACAAUUGCUCAUCAGUCAUUCAUCGAGAGGUCAAUUGAGAAGGCACGGGAAUCAUGAUUUCCUUCACACUAUUCCUCAUGUCCCUAUCAACUCUCCCAUCCAUCCACGCCUCCCAACAAUCAUGCAAACCGCCCUCCUCUCUCGAACUCCAAAACAUAUGCCCAUUCCCACCCGAACCCUACAUCGUCCUACCCAGCAAAGGCAAAGGACUCGGAGUCUUCGCCCGAACCAACCUCCCCGCAGGAACCAUCAUCCUCCGCGAAACCCCCAUCCUCACUAUCCCCCCACCCAUCAUCAAAAAAGGCGCCGGCUACCCAAUGCCCGCCAUCUCUUCAGCCGUUCGCGCCGAAUUCCGAAAUCUCCCAUCCUCUUCUCAAUCCGAAAUUCUAACUCUUCACCACCAUGCCUUCCCAGGCGAGCCUGAAAAGGGUGAAGGCUGGACCGACAUCCUUGGCUACAUUUUCCGCACAAACGCAUACAACACCGGCACCAACAUUGGUCUAUUUCCACGCAUUGCACGUAUCAACCAUAGCUGUCGCCCCAACGCGGCCUAUACGUGGAACGCACGGAGCGGGCAGCGCAUUGUAUACGCAAGUCGCGCCAUCGAGGCAGGCGAAGAGAUCUCGGAUUCGUAUAUUUCUUUACUACUGCCGCGCGCGGAACGCCGGAAGCGGCUUGCGCGGUAUGGGUUUGAAUGCACAUGCGAAGCGUGUUCGUUGGCGGGGAAGAAGUUAAAGGAAUCUGAUGAUCGGCGCAUGGAAAUUGCGAGCGCGUUCAAAAUGCUGGAAGAUUCGGUGCAGAGUAAUUUAACUGUAGCUUUUUCUACAUCCUCCUCUCAGAUGAAGGAAGCUAGGCUCGCUGCGAAUCAAAGUAUGCAUCUACUAUCUCUCCUCGAGCGGGAGCAGUUGGCAGAUUACUACGCUAAAGCGUAUCGAGCGGUCGCUGUUAGCCAUGCUCGAGUGCAGGAUUGGGAAAUGGCGAGUGUGUGGGCUAAUAAAGGGUUUGAACGAAGGGUCAUGGAGGACCCAGGAAGUUCUUGGACGGUGGAAAUGGCGGAGAUGACGAGGAGCUUUAUUGAAGAGUGGAAAAAAGAGCUUGGCCAGGGAGGGGACUGA